AUGGCAACAACAGACAGGCAGAACUUGCUGUCCGACGCGCAACCGAUGGGCGCCAGCAAUACCAACAACAACAACCUUGAAGCAGACCUAGAGGCAGGCGGGCAGCCGUCCAUUUUGAAACAGUCAAGCCACCCGGUGUGCCUAAUCUUUCACUUCCUCUUCCGCAUUGGUGCAAUCUGUACCUACUUUUUCGGAACCUGGUUCACGGACAACUUUGUGCUGAUCUUUGUCCUCUGCGUGCUGUUGCUCGUUUUUGACUUUUGGACCGUCAAGAAUGUCUCUGGGCGUCUCCUUGUCGGUCUGAGGUGGUGGAGCGAGAACAAGGAGGAUGGAUCUACUACCUGGCUCUUUGAGUCCCGCGACCCAAGCAGACCUCUCAACCCCGUGGACUCUCGCCUCUUCUGGACAGGCCUCUACGUCGCCCCCGCAAUCUGGACCGUUUUCGGGAUCCUUUGCAUCUUGACCUUCAAGCUGACUUGGCUUGUCAUCGUGGCCGUCGCUUUGGCAUUGAACAUGGCGAAUGUGAUCGGAUACACUCAGUGUGAUAAGGACGCCAAGCAGAAGUGGGCUUCGGGAUUCGCGUCCAAUAUGUUGGGUGGCUCUGGGGCUGGGGGGCUUAUGGGCGGGUUGAUGAGCCGGGGUAUCUCUCGUAUGGCUGGAUCCAUGUUCUAA